UUGUUUUUGUUGAGGAGAGAGCUGUGGGAAGGAAAAGGUUAAUAAAGUCUUACAUUAAAAUGGCUCAAGUAAGCUCAAGCACUGGUAGCUCCAGUAAAACUAACAAGAUGGCCGACUUUAAAGCUCGUCUUGCCAAGCUGCAUAGCAAGCGGAAUGAAGCUGCAGCCCUAAACCAUAAAGAGGUUGUGGAGGAAGACCGUGUAAAGAAAAUGCCAAAGAACUAUGCAAAGAAACGUGAAAGACUAGAAUCUGAGUUUAAAGAGGAACAGAAGCGGGAGGCUGCAUUAGCAGAGGGUAAAGAUUAUGAUCGCCAAAAAUUGUUGGACGUGGGAGCAGAUGAAGCAGAGCGUUGGGAGAGGAGAAAGAAGAAGAAAAAUCCUGACCAGGGCUUUUCUACUUAUGAAGAUGCCACUAUCAGGCAGUACAACCGUCUAGUUAAGAAUAAGAAGACUGACAUGGUUGAUUACGAGAGAGAAAAACAGGCCCUUGGGGAAGCUGCAUUUUAUGGAGAAGACAACACCAUUUCCAUUGGUUUGCACAAGGACUCAAACGAAGCAAUUGAUAGCAUGGUUGACGACCUGGAGAAACAAAUUGCUAAACGAGAGAAAUACUCUCGUCGCCGUAUAUUCGAUGAUGAUGCCGAUAUUAACUUCAUCAAUGAGCGCAAUAUGAAAUUCAACAAAAAGUUGGAACGCUUCUAUGGUGACUACACUGAAGAAAUCAAGCAGAACCUGGAGAGAGGCACAGCAGUGUGAAGUCACAUUGUUUUCUGUCCAUAAGGGAAAUCAUUGUGAAAUUUGAAGCUAUUGGCUGCAUAGAGUACAAAGUAAAAAAAUGGGUGACAUUUUUGAGUCUCCAAAGUUCAAACUAUACAGUCUUCUUGCUCCUCUUAAUAGUUACUAUCAAAACAAUGUUUAAAAUACAUAAUGUACACGAAUUGUUUGUUGAAAUAUCUUUAUUGUAUGUACACGCGCCACAAAAGGUUCUCGAACAGCCGAGUACAACAAAUUUCAGACUGAGUACUAUGGCUCCUGUAAUCUCAGAAUGGUUGCUAUGCCUGGUGUGAAGUGACACAAUAUUUUGUAAUAAUAUAUGUAGCUUGUCGUUAUAGUAUUUACAGGUGAAAAGUAGUAAUUUAAUUUGCAAUCAAAAUUCUUCAGAGAGCAAGGUUCAGAUUUCUCGUUCGUUUUGUCAUAUUGUAUGACUCUUGGAGCAUUUGAGAACUUUUUUGUGGCGAGUGUACAAUUACCUGUAAUAUGUAUGACUUGGAGUAAGGGUCCCAUAUCUGAAAGAAAUAAUCUCCUACAAAUUCACCUAAACUCAGGUAUGGGUGAUGUGCCAGCAGCCAUUAUGAAGUAGACUGUGUGUGCUAGAUCCUGAUGUAAGGGAAAGAAGGUGAAAGUUCUAGCUUGAAACACUGAUAUUCAGUAGUGUGUUUCAGGGGAUAUAUAUUUCUUGUUUUUUUAUUAAUAUUUCCUCUAUGUUAGAUAUUCAGGGGUGUCAAUAAAUAAUGCAUGAUAAUAAAAACAAAUCCACC